GGCGGAGACUGUGCCGACAUGGAGCUGGGCCUCGCGGGUCGCCGGGUGCUGGUCACCGGAGCAGGCAAAGGUAUCGGGCGCGGCACGGUCCAGGCGCUGCACGCGGCGGGCGCGCGGGUGGUGGCUGUGAGCCGGACACAGGCGGAUCUUGACAGCCUUGUCCGCGAGGUCACUAGCCCCAGUCCCCAGCUGUGCCGCUUGCUGGGCGCAGAACCUCUGGUAACUGCCCCCUGGUACACACAGUGCCCGGGGAUAGAACCCGUGUGCGUGGACCUGGGUGACUGGGAGGCCACCGAGCAGGCGCUGGGCAGCGUGGGCCCCGUGGACCUGCUGGUGAACAACGCCGCUAUCGCCCUGCUGCAGCCCUUCCUGGAGGUCACCAAGGAGGCCUUUGACAGAUCCUUUGAGGUGAACCUGCGUGCGGUCAUCCAGGUGUCACAGAUUGUGGCCAGGGGCUUAAUAGCCCGGGGAGUCCAAGGGGCCAUCGUGAAUGUCUCCAGCCAGGGCUCCCAGCGGGCAGUAACUGACCAUAGCGUCUACUGCUCCACCAAGGGUGCCCUGGACAUGCUGACCAAGGUGAUGGCCCUAGAGCUUGGGCCCCACAAGAUCCGAGUGAAUGCAGUAAACCCCACAGUGGUGAUGACACCCAUGGGCCAGGCCGCCUGGAGUGACCCCCACAAGGCCAAGACUAUGCUGGACCGAAUCCCACUUGGCAAGUUUGCUGCUAAUGAGUAAGACAAAAGGGAAACGAGGACGUCAAGUGUCUCCACUUCGUCGGUGAUCUGAGCCACUUUGUUGAAUCAGAUGAUGGUUUUCAGAAAUUAGAAGGGCAUUUCCUCAACUUGUGCUAUUCACCAUGUAAUGAGCACAGACACAGCACCCUGAAGUCUAAUCUGCAUUUUAUCAUCUUAGGUCUAAACAAGUAACCGUAAGUCAAGCCCCCUCCCACCAUAGCUGAUUUCAAGCUACCCAUUAGAUGUCAUUGAACGUGGAGCUGGAGGAGAUGCCCUCAGCACCCCGUUAUGUGGUGUUUGUGUCCAUAGGUCCCACAGAUGUACAUAAGCGAGGGGCGGAGAAAAGUCAUGUAUGCAGAAAUAACUAGGAAGUGAUGUUUGCUGAUUUUGCUUUUAAUAACACAAAUUGUAAACUUC